GUGACAGCUGUACCCAUCGGGAACCAGAAAGCCUAUGAGAAAAGACUCUCUGCUUCAAAAAAGGAGUGCCAAGGAAGUGCUGUAAGAAGGACUGCUGGAGAAACAGAAGAGAGUACUUCUGAGAAGACACGGUGCCACGUUGAGACCCCACAGCCAGUUGAAAACUACAUCAGUGAAGGAGAGUUUGAGGACGAUCUGAGUACUUCUACCCCAAGCACAACAGAGCUGGAGGUACGUGGAUCCAGCCAAGAAACAGAUGAAGAUUAUUUUGAGACCGUGUCACAUCAGAGUGGAUCUUUGUCAGAUGUAAAAACUGAGCCUUACGAGAGUGCAUCAGAUACAGAAUCUCUUUCUAGUGACAUAGCUGGGAACACUUGCUUGGAUUCAAACUGCCUGUUCACUGAAAAAAAACCCCUGGGCUGUAAUUUUCCCAAAGAAAGGGCAGAAACAACCUUCCACGGACUGAAGUGCUCCAGGCAGCCAGAAUUCACCCGGCACAUACAGUUCGGAUUGUCCUACAAAAUAAAAGCAGCACCAAGCAAGACUGAAUUUUGUGUACAGUCAGCAAGGGCAGAAGGUGAAGAACUGGGUGAUGAAGAACAGACAGUCUUUAGUGAUAUUUCUAUCGCAGAGAACAAAUUCCAUGAAGAGGGCAUUGUAUCACAGGCAAAGAGAAGUUCUGUGGCAGCAUUGCAAAAUAAAGCAGAGUUAGAAAGCUUUAAAGUGCAAUCCUGUACCAACCCAGUACCUACAGAAGAUGAUGUUACAAGAGAGAGGGAACAUCCUGCAGUAUUAAGCAUUGACUGUUUCAAAGCAAACUCAGAAAAUUGUUUGAUUUUUCCUGAGGUACAGCAAUUUUCCUUCCAGUCAGAUGCAGUGUCUAGCUGUAGUUUGCCUAAUCUUCAUUUUGAAACGAAUGGACCUAACUCUAAAAGUUACACUGAGACAUCUGACUAUAAGUGUGAGUUAGAUUCUAUGUCCAGUAUAAAAUGCAGCAGGAGGAAUUCAGCUGACAGUGAGGAAACUACAGGCAAAAGGAUAAAACAUGGACGUACAGAGACUAUGUUGACAUCAGAUUCACUCUUUUACCAGAGUGGCUUCAAACCAAAAUCUCGGCCACCACACACAAGGUCAGAGAUUACAGAAAGUAAAACAUGGCACAGUGUACCUGAAAACAUCAGUGUUCAAAGCCAGACAGAAUAUGUGGGGAGCUGCAUUCACCUUACAAACAAAUUCAGAUGGUCAUGUUCCAGAAUACAUCUUCAAGGGUUGGAUUUUGAAUGCACUUGGAAAAACUUAGGAAGGGUACCUGUAAGCCCUGAGCCAGCAAUAAAAAUAGAGGGCCAGUUUGGCAUAAAAAGAUCUCUUCUUGAUACUGACACGAACUCAAAGGAGUGUCAGGUUUCUCAACCAGCAGGCUCUCCCCAGUGCAUUGAUUAUUAUUUGCGCUCUAAAUCAGAGACAUGUGGCCUGAACCCAGAGCCAGUUGGUACCUGUGCUGACAGCUUAACACAGGGUGAUGCUUGUGAGUGCAGCCCCAAACAAAAGCAGACUUCCUCUGCCCUGGACUGUGAGCCAGUGACCAUAAACGCUGAAGAACUCAUAAAAAGUGAUGAGUACAAAGCUGAAAGAGCUCUGGAAGCAGGCAGAUUCCCCUGUGAUGCUGAUGUUGAAUUGGGCACUGGUGGCACUGAGAACCUUGCAGCUUCUCAUGUAAGUUUUCCUGCUGUUGUGGAAAACAGAGAUUGGGAUUACUCUGUAAACUGUGUUUCCAAUAGUGGAAUAGACCAAAAAUGUUUGAAGGAGAAUGGCCUUGAAUCAGAACUGUCAGGUAUGACGAUUGUGGCAGGGGAAAGAUGGGCAGAUCAUUCUUCUAAUCUUGACUUUGGUUGGAAAUUCCUGGAAACCACAGUACAACCAGGUGGCAGUGACACUGGGACAGAGCACGAAGAGCCACUGAAGCAAAAUACAAGUUGCAAAACUGGUACCUUAAGGAGCGACUCUGAGCUAGUAACAAAUGAACAUCCUACUCAUAAAGGAAAGGAUGAAGACAGUGACAGCACCUUUGCUGUUGAAAGGACUCCCAGAUCAAAUUAUAUAAGCCAGAGGAGGGAUCUAAUGACUGUUCCAGAGUUAAAGCCUGCACUAAUUAUAGUCUCUGUAGAGCAGAAAGGAUUACAGUCCAAGACACUGAAUGAUGACCUUCCUACUGAAGUGGUAACCAAGAGAUUGAGAAAUGUAGUGAGGAGGGAUUUGAUAUCUCUUUGUACUGUGAACAAAGUUCAUGAUGAGCCAGAGAGAGUUCUUGGUGAAAACUGUAUCCGUAAAGAACAAAUUCUGGCCACCCAUCCCAUUCCUGGCAGUGUAGAGGUACCCCCUGAUAGGGAUACAGCUGAAGUAGAACCAGAAGUUUCAGAAGAGAAAAGAGAAAAAAACGAUGCAGUUUCAUCCUUAGGGUUCACCUGUAGUAAUCCCACAGUAACAAGUGAGGAAGUGGAAUUCAGGAGUGUUACUGUACCACUGAGCAAUGAUACACUUAGUGCAGAAAGUCAGACAGGUCCCUGUGAAGAAGUGCUCAUAAAAUCACACAGUACAGGUGGUGUGAAGGUCUCUGAGGAAGAGCCCUGCAGAACACAGACUGCUUUUGAAUUAGAACAGUUCAGAAAGUCAGGCUCCAGAAAGCCUGGAACAAGAGAUGACCAAGUGUGUAAGGAAGAGGAAUUCAAAGCACAUCAAGGCAGAGAGGAAGGCUUAUAUAUAAUUAGUGGAGUUACACUGGAAACGAGCAGCAGUGUAAGCAGUUUGUGUCCGGGAGAUGGUGCUGAUGACCUUCAAGGGCCCAGCAUUGUCUCUGAACAAGCAGGAGAUCCAUAA